UUUUUUAAUAUUAAAAGAUUUCUUGUUAUGCUCUCUCGUUUUCUGUCACGUGUUCAUGUCCCUCGUGCAACGACCACAGAAACCCACAAGAAACAUGCCGAUGAAAAUAAAUUUGAGUAAUACUUUCGUAAGACACAAGUGCUACGACGUAUUAAAAAACGGUGGAGAACAAUAUUUUUCUUCAGGGAAGAAAGUUUCAAAGAAAGUGAUAAGAAUUAAGAGAUCACCCAGAGUUGUCACCACGAGUGACCUAACCUCAAACAAUAGUGAUGGAACGUCCACAAAUGCAGGAAUUGGUUUCAAUGAAAAUGUUGAUAAUCAUGAUGCAAUGGAUAACAAAUUAGUAAAUCCAAUGAGUAAAUUUAAACCAAAAUUUAUUUCUGAAAACUUGAAUGAUGCUUCCAUCUGGGAUGACAGUGAGACAAAUGGAAUUUUUGGAGACACAAAAAUCAGGAAAAAUGAGAACGAAACUUUUCCAGACAAAAACAGUGAACAUGUAAAUGAAAAAAUUAAACAGUCAGUGGAACAAAAUAAUGAAAAUGGAAACGACAGACUGAAAGGUGGAACAGAAACUCGACUCAAUGAACUGAACAUGCAAAUGCUUUCAAAAAAAUUACACCAGCAAAUUUUCCCAAAUUCGGGGGAGAAAGUGGACUUACCCAAGGAGAAAAUCUCAUCUUUGAAGAAUGAGCUGAAAAAGUUUGGAAUGGACGUGGAGGAAGGUGUCUAUGUGCCAGAUGUAUCCCUGGAUUUACCAGCUUUAGAGGGAAACAAUUUGGAGGAACAUUUUUAUAACAUAGCGAGGGCUCAAUCAGAACCAUAUUUGAAGAUUAUUGAUAGAAUUCUUCAGAAGAUUCCACCAGUUCCAAAAAAAUGGCUGAUGCAGGAAGGCUGGACAAGAUAUUCCAAUGGGACAACUGAACCCGUCGAUUACCCUCUAGAAGACGGAUUAAUUUUCGACGUUGAAGUGUGCGUCACAGAGGGUCCCUUACCGACUCUAGCUACAGCAGUGAGCACUGAUGCAUGGUAUGGCUGGGUAUCCAAGUCUCUGGUAGGUGGAAGUAGCAUAUCCGCAGAGAGUCAUUCCUUGACACCUGAAUUACUGAUACCCACGGAGAGCACAACAUCUGAGUAUGGAAAAAAAUUAUCUGACCACCAAAAGAGUCCAAAGAUCAUUGUGGGGCACAACGUCUGCUACGAUCGAGCACGAAUUAAGGAACAGUACUGGUUGAACUCAACAGGAACACGUUUUGUCGACACAAUGUCCCUUCACGUAUCUGUGAGUGGAAUGAACAGUUACCAAAGAUCUCUGUUGCUGUCCAAGAAGAGCGAGUCGACUAGCGAAUUCUUGAACUCCACUUCUCUCAACAAUCUUGGUGACGUAUAUUCGCUAUAUUGUGGCAAACAGCACCAGAAACAGGCGAGAGAUGUGUUCGUUGAAGGGAGUCUUGCAGAUGUUCGCGAGAAAUUCGACGAACUGAUGGAUUAUUGUGCCUCUGACGUCGUGGUAACGCAUGAAAUUCUUCAACAUCUUUUUCCCCUUUUUCAAGAGAGAUUUCCUCACCCUGUGACCUUCGCCGGAAUGCUCGAACUUGGCACUGCUUACUUACCUGUCAAUUCCAAUUGGCAGAGAUACAUUGAAGAGUCGGAAGUGACAUUUGGAGAUUUAAACUACGAGGCAAAAGUUAGUUUAUCCAAGAGAGCUGAUGAAGUUUGCAAACUCAUGCACAAUGAGAAAUAUAAAGAGGACUUAUGGAUGUGGGAUCAGGAUUGGAGUACACAACCUGUGAAAAUGAAAACAAAAUUGACAAAAAAAGCUUUGGAAAAUGUGAAGCAACAGUCUCUACAGGAAGAAAAAUCAGAAUCAGAUUAUGAAAAAUAUUUGAGUGACGAUGAAGUUGAAAUGGAUCCACUGGAAGCCGAAUUCUCUCACUUGAAAGGCACAAAGAAUUUACUCCCUGCAAAGUUUCCACAUAUGUCAGGGUAUCCCGCUUGGUAUCGUAAACUGUGCAUGAAGCAACAUGAAAAGAACUGGAUUGCUGGGCCCGUAAAUAUCAGUACUUCAAUGAAAGUAGCUCCCAAACUAUUGAAUUUAACCUGGGAAAAUUAUCCCCUACACCACAUCAAGGAUCACGGAUGGGGUUUCUUGGUACCAUACAAUGAACAUCCUGACGUGAACACAAAUCUCCCAUUGAAACAAUUACUCAGCCAGUGUCCCUUGCCUAUGGCACCAUCUGGCUAUCAGGAUACCAGUUAUGCAAUGGCUGCUCUCCAGAAAGACGUCCAAAACGAGCUCCACAAGACCGAAUUUUGGAGGGAUAAAAAACGAAAGCCAAAGAAGAAAGAUCAAGUGCCCGAGAUAUUCUAUAAAGGCACUGGCAUCUGGUGCAACGUUGUCAUUGACAACUGCUGCUGGUUUUUGAAACUACCCCACAAGGACGGGCCCAGUCUCAACGUGGGAAAUCCCCUGGCGAAAGAUUUUUUGAAUAAAUUUUCCGAAAAUAUUCUCGCUGGUCUGGACUCCAGUGCAACUGAAGUACUGAAAAUAGCAAGAAUGGUGUCGUAUUGGAGGAAUAAUCGCGAUCGGAUAAUGUCCCAGCUCGUGAUGUGGUGGAAUACCGAUAGUUUACCAUCAUCAAUCAUUCGAAGCCAUCGUCACACUAGUUACGGUGCAAUAAUCCCUCAGGUUGUUGUGAGUGGUACUCUAACGAGAAGAGCAACCGAACCCACGUGGAUGACCGCUUCUAAUGCACAUAUUGAGCGAGUUGGCUCUGAGUUGAGGGCUAUGGUUCAAGCACCACCAGGUUACAAUAUUGUUGGGGCUGAUGUCGAUAGUCAAGAGCUUUGGAUCGCUUCGUUAAUUGGGGAUGCAUAUUGUGCUGGAAUUCAUGGAGCUACGCCCUUUGGCUGGAUGACACUUAUUGGAAGUAAGUCGAAGGGGACGGACAUGCACAGUGUGACGGCGAAGGCCGUUGGUAUAUCUCGUGAUCAUGCAAAAGUUAUAAAUUACGCUCGAAUUUAUGGAGCUGGGAUAAAGUUUGCGGAGAGACUUUUGAAACAAUUUAAUCCGUCGAUGGGAGAGUCUGAGGCUAUUUCGAAGGCGAAAAAAAUGUUUAGUAUAACGAAAGGAAAGAAAAUAUAUCGACUUCGGGAGGAAUUUAUCAAUGAUGAUGUGGAGGAACGGGAUUAUUCAUCGUGGGAUGCUUAUCAACUGGCCCGAGUUCAUGGGAAGAAGGUUGAGGAGAUGUUUGGAUGCGGUAAAUGGUGGGGUGGUUCUGAGUCAGCGAUGUUCAAUAGACUGGAGGAAAUUGCGGGGAGUCUUCAUCCAAUAACCCCAUUUCUCAAUUCGCGACUCAGUCGAGCUCUUGAAGUUGGGGAGGAACAGAAAGACAAAUAUCUGCCAACUAAAAUCAACUGGGUUGUACAGAGCGGUGCUGUUGAUUUUCUCCACCUUAUGCUUGUCUGCAUGAAAUGGUUGAUGCGUGAUAACGCUCGAUUUUGUCUAUCAUUUCAUGAUGAAAUUCGAUAUAUUGUCCCCUCGAGGUAUAAGUAUAACGCUGCGCUGGGGAUGCACGUGACAAAUCUACUUACGAGAUCUUUCUGUGCCUCGAGACUUGGUAUUAAUGACUUGCCAAUGUCCGUAGCAUUUUUUGCUUCUGUCGAAGUGGAUUCGGUACUCAGGAAGGAAUCCACUAGUGAUUGUAAAACGCCGUCCAAUCCCCAUGGACUUGAAAACGGAUAUGGUGUGUCUCCUGGAGAAAGUCUAGAUGUGGAGGAAGCCUUGAAAAAAUCUGGGGGAUCACUUGGAUCAUGGCACUCGGCACAAAUGAGAAAGAAAAAAGUUGGAAAAAGUACUGGAUAAACACGAAAAAUUUGAAGACAAAAAUACAGGAGGAAGUUUACUUCACGGAAUGAUGAGUCUGGUGUCUUGUUCCUGGUUGGUACUCAACUGUGUAUGAGAGGAAAAUUAAUUAUUUCCACUUUUAUACAAUAAAUACUAGAUUCAACAAAUUGUCUGAAGCUAGGGAACGAAUGCUGGUAACAAGGGAAGUUCAAGAAAACUUGACUUCCUCUAUCACAUCAUUAUGUACAUGAACUCGAUUAUCUCAUCACUCAACUCUGACUCUCCUUUCACGAUGAGAUUGAUGGAUAUAUGUCACGACAUUUUUUGGUUCAUAGGACAUGACGGAAACGAGAGGGGAACAGUUGAAAACAAACAGGAGAGAGUUCCAUAACUUUAACGAAAAAAUAUACUGACGUUCACUUGAAAAGUGAUGAGUUUCGAUGUCACUUUUUAUUUUGCUCUCAUGGGUAUAUGCGUGAUGGGCGAAUUAUUUCUAGUUUUUUUUUUGUUAAC